AUGCUACCUGUAACAGAACCUGACAGUCCUAUUGCUAUUCCUAUUGCUGUUUGGGAGCGAGUAAAAAGAACUGAUAGGAUUAAACUAAGAUAUAGUAACUUUGACAGUGAAGACGACAAUGAGUACCAUGUGGCUGAGGAGGAGGAGGAUCUUAAAAACUUUCAAAUCUGCCCAGCCAAGCCUAACCAAUCAAAUACUGAGUAUGCAGACAGAGAGCCGCGGAAACCAAUGCCCACUGAGACUGGACAAAGCUGGGAACCUAGCAGCUGGGACAUUCCCCCUAGACCACCUAAGAGACCAAUUCCAGGAAAUCCAGCGCCUGCAGUAAACAGAGAUUUGAAGCCAAGUAGACGACCUAAAAGUCCAUUGGGUCUGGAAAACAUCAGCCAAAAGACCAGAGAGCCCAGUUUAAACUGCCAGUACCCCAGUCCACUCCAACACGACCCAAAGCCCCCAUACCAGAAAACCUGCCAGCCAACACUGGAGCUUGCAGCCAACAAAAGAGAGCCUCUUGGAGAGAUCGAGAUCCCACUCAGUCCAGUCACAGAUAUUCCCUGGACCUGGAAACGCAAGACCUUAACCGAGAGGGACGCUACCUCAGGAAUAAGGUUGCAUCACGAAUGGCCUCAGACCAAAGAGGAUAAGAACAAUAGCAGUUACACUCCUCAGAGUAAACCUCUGGAGGUAUCAGAUGAAGAGGACUGGUAUGUCGGAAGUUUCAGUCGUGUAGAAGCUGAACAUGCUCUCCACUUGGUGAACAGGGAAGGGGCAUUUCUUGUGCGGGACUGCUCCAAGAAUACCAGCAAUGAGCCUUUUGUGCUGGUAGUGUUUUAUGACAAAAGAGUGUUCAACAUCCAAAUCCGCUUCAGCGAAGCCACUCGCAAAUAUACUCUUGGCACUGGGCUGAGAACCAAUGACUUGUUUGACAGUGUUGCAGACAUCAUCAAGUUUCACUCCAUUUUUCCCAUUGUGCUGAUUGAUGGUCGGAGUUCUGCUGGACCAGACCGUGCCAAGCGGACCUGCGUACUCAUGUAUCCAGUCACUAAAAAGGACAUGGCCCAGUUGCUCGGAUAA